AAUCCACCUAAGACAAGGGUUUAGAUGAGGCCGUUCUGGGAGGACACACAGCUGGGAGUGGAGUCCCUGAGGAACAUCGACCUCGGCAGGAGGAAACCCUGAAGAGGCAACCUGACAGAAGACCAUGAAGGAGAGGGAGCAGCAACAGCACAAGAGGGGCCGCCAUGAAACCCAGGGGACAGAGACACCCAGAAGUUAUUAAUGGUGCCAAACAAAGCAGAGAAGUGUGGUAGGAACUGAGACAGGGUCACAGAACUGACGGUACCAAGAGCAUAAGGAGUUCGGGGAAAGCUCCCCUAGACUGGCACAGAUCCCAGAGGGCUGGGCUGGUGGGGCUCUGAGGGUGGGGACCACAGGAGCCCUGGAGACCAGAUCUCCAGGAAUGGGAGAAAGGGAGCGUGUUUGUCCGUGGAGGGGAAGGCGGUGGAGGAGGGGGCUGGUGGCUGAGGGAGCGUGGUGACAGUGGAAGAGGCCACGGGUGGUGGGACACUGGGCGGGGCCCCCAAGACGAUGUGCGUCGGAGUCUUCUAAGGUUUCCCCAGGAGCUUUUCCAUGAGGCUGGCGAUGCUGCUGGGAAGGGAUGUGCCCCCACGUGGGUGAGGAUGACUGGUGUGUUCUUCGGGAUCAGAGAAGAAUUCUGAGAGAACUUUGAGGUAAGAACCUGCAGUGCUAUAGGGACGGCUGCACAGAGGAGACCUUCCGUGACCAAAGUCUCAGGAUUAAAUGGGGCCCAUAGCGUGGACACCACGCUCGCGGCAGGCACACUUCCCUCUGGCGCAGGAGAGUCGCAGACCUGGGUUUCCUCCACCAUCGCGGGAGGUUGCUGUGGCCACAGGUGAGGAAGGGAAAGAGGUCUGCCCUGAGUAGCGCUCUCUCCACCGUGGGGCGGCAGCGGAGGGGAAGAGCCACAUCAGACUCCUGCCUGUCAGGGCCUCCCUAACGUGAUCUAUUUUAACCUUUUUCUCAGCGUGAGCUUGACUUCAACAAUGAAUCCAGAAAAAAGGGAAAGCAAUAAUAAACCACAAGAAAAACCAAGAGCGGUUUCUCCCGACCUUGCCCUUGCAGCUCUUCCGGCCGGGGCCUGUCAGAAAAUGCUGACUGAGAGCACUUAGAGAAGCUGCUGGAACUCCGCCCUGCCCUGGAGACACAAGACGGGAGCCCUGAGAAGCCUCUGCCAUCUUCUUUGGCAAGAGCCCCCCUGCGCUCUGGUCAAGAAAGGAGCCUGCAGCCGGGAGGCCUGGCAGGAAGCGCCACGGCCCGCAGUGAGGCUUCUCCGGUGGGCUCUGCCGCCAGGGCUGCCAGGGGAGGAGGGUCUGGAGGGAGCCGCUGCCGCCUCCUGUGUGGAAAGGCAUCUUUAAUAAUUAACAAAAGAGAAAAGGCAGGGAGCCAUUAAUGUGACCCGCAGCAUCCUGGGACUGAGCAAUCCCAGGAGGCCGAGGAGGGAGGAAGACACGAGAAGCUGAAGGGACCCAGGGAAACCCGCCGUGAAGCUGCUGAGACCCACGGGUGAGGCCCUGACUCGACACGGGAUGUGUGACAGAGGAAAAGAACUCGGCCCCCUGACGCUGGGUCCACCACAGCCCCACGGAAGCCAGAGGAGGGAUUUUCCUCGCCCAUGACUGACUUUCCACGGGGCCGCCCACCUCGCUUAUGACUUGGAAGCACAUUCCACUAACUAACAUUAGUCACGAUGCUCCCAGGCGCCACCAACGGACUAGGAUCACGCAGAGCCAGAGGCAUCAAAGGGGCCGAGAGACACGGAGAAGAGAAAUGAUCUCACAAUCAAGAAACUGAGUCUGAGAGGAGAAGGGAUUUGUAGUGACGGGCUCACACUUCAGCAGGCACCUGGGUCCCCACUUAAAAUAAACCCCCUCCCCUUCCCUCCCUCUGCUACCCUCCCAAUACCGCUUCCCUAGCCAGCACAACCUCCCCCACCAAGUGACGCUGGCACUUCCCACCUCUCCGCGUGCCCGCAGUCCACCUCAAUCUGGCUUCCUUUCCACGACUCAUAAAUGUGCAUGUGAAUGUCAAGGCUGUGCUGCCAAAGGUCACUUGUCUCCCCCUGCCACACCCCACAGCAGCACCCAAUGCCGGCCACUCUCCCCUCUGGCUUCGCUCUCUUCUGUGACCCCAGUGCCUGGUUUUCUGCACACGCUGUGUCCACAGGAUCCGUCGCUGGCUCGGCUCAGCUUCCUCCCCACCUCUUCCCUGCUUUCUUCUCUGCCUGGUGACCUCAACAUGCUCAGAAUUGUUCGACUGAACAAAGCCCCACCAGUUCUACUGCCACAACACAUCCUGCCCUGCCGGGAUCCCUUGCCUGGACCACCACACCCCUCCUGGCCUUCCUCUGCUGCCUGUGGCCCAUCCGCACUGCAGCAGAGCAGCACGGGCAGAAGCCCCUGCCGAUCCUCUCCUUUCUUGCUGAAGACCCCAGGGCAGCGUCUACAGAACGCGGAGCGAGGCUCUGGUGCCCUGGCUCCCCGCUUCUCACAGCCUGGUCCUCCACUCUGUCCACAGAGCACAUCCGGGCCUCCCUGCCUCAGGGCCUCUGCGCUCCUCACUCUGCCAGGCUGUGAGCAGCUAGGGUGUGCUACAGAGGCUGCUGAGCAGAGCUCCAAGACAGCAGGGGUGCCCGCCUCACCGGCUCCUAGCUCCGUCCGCGCCCACCACUGCCCAGCUGCCUCUCCUAGACAAGGGACAGGUGGGCUCGGGAGACACAGGCAGCGUACAAAGCACAAGAGACUCCACGGUGGGAGGGUGCAGCCCUGCACAGCAGCCUCCAGCCUCCAGCCUCCUUCCCUGGGGUUCUGUCUGUUUAGGGAGUUCCCUGAGGCAUCUCAGCUCCGGUCAGGAGGGGUUGGGUGUCAAUUUAAACACAACAGCAGAACCAUGCAAGGCAGGCCUAUGCGCAGGAGGCGGGCUGGCCUUCAGGGAGGCCAUCUAAAAUGGGACAAGGAGAGCAGAUUCCUGGAAGGCUGUUCUUCCCACCUGUGUGACUGCAGACUCCAAACACUUGACUCUAGUCAAGAUGGGGCCCCUGGAAGCUACUGUUGCCAUAGCAACCUGAUGCUCCUGGGGAGGGGGCCUGGUCACAAGGUUUCAAAUGAACAACUACUUAGAGUAGUGAAGAAAAGGAAAAAACAGAAAGGACAAAAAUGGGAAAAUAGCAAGAAUUAAUCCUACAAGUGCCAUCACCACAGCCUACAAACAAAACUCAGGAGCUGGGAGUGGCCUUCUCCUACUGCCCCAGAGAGAGGGCACUGGCUUCCUGCUGGGCUACCUCUGAAACAAAAACCCCAUUGACUCGCACAGCUGCUCCUGCUAACCACUUAGGAAUCAGUAUUUUCCUAAAGGUUUUUUUUUUUCCUUUGGCUUUAAAGGGUUACUGUCUGCCAGGCCGCCAGACCCAACCUUCUCCACAUCUGCAGCCACCACAUAAAGUGACUAUUAGAACCUCAAAAGGGGAACUUUUUCCCGGAAAUGGCCUCAUGCUAGUUUUAUCCUGAAUAAAGACACCAGGAAAAUGUCAAAAGGCAAAUCAAAGCCACACCCUGAAAGACUGAAAACACAGCACUCACAUCCCAGGAGGAUGAGCAACCCAGCCUGGUUUGGCUUAAGAAGGAAACAAGGCAGAUUUAAUCAGAAGCCUGGAAGAGCCUGGAAGGAAGGGAGGGGAGAGGACAGGCCAGGGAGUGUCCGCCUUUACCUCAGCACCUGCAUCUCCUCGGGGGAGCUCCGCAGCUCAUCCUGGAGGCGACGCCAGCGCAGGCAGGCUCUCAGCUCCUGUUGCUCCUGGGCCUCGUGGGGCGUCAGCUGCUUGGGCCAGACACAAACACACGUGCACAAAACAGUCACUGCGCUGGUGAGACCGGACCCCCGAAAGGACCUGCCCUCCUGCUCUCACCUUGUUCCCGUGAGAAGAGCCAGUGCCCAAGGAACACUCCACCACGCGGGCAGCAGAGCCGGCCAGCCAGUUCAGGAGGGGUCCCCUGGUCCUGGAACCCACCCGCUCCCUGGACACACGCCUGGCCUGGAGAGAGGGGCUUCCUGGGGCACGUCCGCUCUGAUGCCACCAGCCCACUCUCCUGCUGGUCUUUCUGCACGGGGGCAGCUCCGUUCACCUCCAACUCUUCCAGCCUUCGGUUUCGUCCAGGACUGUCUACAUGGUGUCUGCUAAGGGACCCCAGAUGACUAUUUGCCCAUAAACAGAAAAAAGUACACUGCUUGGACUCAAUGGAAGGGGGAGACCUUCACGCCCUGCCCACUGGGUCAGAAUCAGCUGCUGUCACAUGAAUGUGCUCAGGAGGCCACAUGGCCCUAACCUCUCUGAGGAGGGCCAAAGGAUACCCACCACGAAGGGAGGAUGUGCAGGAUCUACCGGCCUCUCUGGAAAUCAAGGUCCUAAAAACUCAACAGAUAUUUCACUGAGUCUCUUACAGGCCCUGGGGACCUUAUGGACAGAGCCUCUACCAUGAAGAGUCUGGACUGGACACUAACAGGAUUUGGGCUAAUUAAAAAGAGAAGGGACCUGCUUCCUCUCCUCAAGCAUGGGAGAAAGGCCACAAGAGUCGAGAGAAGGCAGCCAUCAGCAAGCCAGAGGAGGGUCUCACCAGAAACCAACCCGAAGGCAGCUGCCUCCUGGACUGCCAGCCUCCAGAAACAUCUGGAACCUACGUCUGUGGUAGCUGGUGGCAGCGGUGGCAGGACACUGGUGCACCAGUGGAGCAUCUGGACCUCAGCCAGUUGUGGCAAGUGCUGUGGCGCAGUCUUGCAACUCAACUGCUCGUCCCUGUGGACGCCACUCCACAGGUGGGAGCAGCAGGGUUCCUCUCUGUAUCACACUCCGUUGACUGUGCCACAGAGCACAGUCUCCAGGGCAGCAAGAGACCACAGCCACAGUGCCUGCUCCCAGCUUCUCCAGUGGUGGGGCCGCCGUGACCAGGAGAGUCCAGGAUGGCACAGCCCCUGCCCCUCCCCACCAAAUGCUCCUCUGCUUGCAAGGUCUGCUGUGGGCACUCGCCAGACACCGGCUCAGCGUGGCCCUCAGAGCAGGGCUCAGAGCAACAUGUGCUCUGGAAACACAGCCAGAGUUCGCACUGGCAUCUAGAUGAUGGCCCCUUGCCCCAGGGAUGCCCAGUGUUCACCUUCUCUCUUUCCGCUACUGGGACUGACCACUGAGCUACAUCCUUACCCUUCCGCUUCUUACUCGAGGUAGUGUGUCAGCAAGCUGCUGAGGCUGCUCUCUACCUCGGGAGCCUCCUGCCUCACCCUGAGUUGCUGGGGCUGCAGGAGCCCAGUGCCAGGGCACUCUCACACCUUGUGGGCUGACUCCUGGGGCAGGCUGGGGGUGGGGGGCUGGAGGAUGGCCCACUUCUCUUUUGGGCAGAGGCUUUUGGGUAUACUCACACCUGGCCUCUCCAGCUCAGAGCACUCACGGCGACUGCUCUUUCCCUCCUCCUGCACCUUCCUCUUCCCUCACUGGACAGCUCUUCUUAUCCUCACCUGCCUACGACCCGGAUGGAGCACAGAGUGGACACAGAGGCACCUGUGGAUGCAGCCCAGCCUGCUUCUGUCAGGGGUGGGGGCAUAUUCAGGGCAGUUACAUGCAGGGCCAAGCAAGGAAACGAAGGGUGAUGACCUGGAAGUGCAGGUGGGGAAGGGUCAAGGUGGAGAUAAAGGGCAGAGAUACCAUCAUCAGACACCUGAAGCACCAAUCUGACUGCCACAGAACGGGAGCCCCAGGGAAGAGAUCGGGACAGCACACUUAGAUUAAAGCCUUGCUGGCUACCAAUGUAUGAGCACGGCAGUGGGAAACAGGAAGAGGAAGAAAGCAGGCUCUUCUAGCACAUGUCCGGCAGCGCUUAGCCCAUUCGCACGCUGUCCCACACGCAACCUGUGAGGUUAGGCCUCCUGCUUGCCAAUCUGCAAACGGGGAAACCGAGGCUCCCCGGGCCACGCAGCCUCUUUACACUCAGAAAGCUGUGAACAGCCAAGCUGGGACGCAAAACCUGGUCCAGCUUAGAUGCCUGCCCCUUUCCCAGUCUAGCAGGUGGCCUCUAGCACACAGCCAAGGUCAAAGAGGACAGGAUGCGUGAGACACAGGUUCACUGUGAAAGAGGGCGUAGUUCAGCCGUGAGGAUGAGAAGAUCACAGGGUGGAAGGAAGAAGAAACAAAUGAGAGAAGGAGUCACAGAAAGUGCUGUGGCUGUUCCAGGCGCAGAGAGGAGCAGCGUAUGGCCUGGACGAGGUGCCCCCAAGCUCCUGUCAAUGCAGGAACGUGCAGACGGGGUAUGACUAGUUGUGAGAGCUGUAGCCCGAUCUGGCCGUCCCAGUCUGGAAGGACUGAUAGUGGUAACUGUAGGCAGGCAGGUGCGGUUGGGGAGGUGGGCUGCCCUGGGUGGGUGCAUCGUCCCCGCUCUCGCUCUCUGCUUCCUGGAGGUCAUGAGGUGACCAUUCUCUUCCUCUAAGAUGUGCUGCUUCGUCUCGAAUGCAGAGCAAUAAAGUCGGCCACCAUGAACCGAACCUCUGAAGCCAUGGCCCAGCUGGACUUUUCCUCCACUAAGCGGUCUGUGGGGUAUUUUGGUCACAGCGGAGAAGCUGACUAGUCCAGGCAGUGUUGAGAAUUGUGAUGGAUGAGUGAUAUGGGCCAGGCAGAGAACGAACCUCACGUUGGUUAGUGAAAUACAGAGAUGUCAACAGGCAGGACUGUCUUCAACAAAGUCACACAGGCAUGCACAAACUUGGGAUUUAGAAAAUGCCCAACAGUCCGAUGUGUCAGAGGCAGGGAUGGUACAGAGAAGUGACCCCAGCAUUAGGAACUGAGAAGUAUUCAGGAAGCAGGGUAGCUGCCAGGUCUUCCCCAGAACUCAUGGCCAGUUCUUCACAGUAUAGAUUACAAAAUGGACACAUGUUGACCAGAU